AUGAUUCGGGAACAGAGGGCUCCCUCAGGUCCACGACCAGACCUUUCGCCUACAAGACAUAGGAUCUCUGAGAAUUACAAUCCCGCUGUAGGAACAGGAGGAUCGCGUCUGAUAGCUGGGAAAGAGCCUACGCUACAUGCUCCCUCGCGGACUAACCAUACAUUAUUUACAUUCGGAGGUCACAACGACGAUAACUCGUCAUCUUACGAUUUUUUGCCCUCCCCCAGCUUUGACGACCUUCAAACUAGCAUAUCCAAUGAACUACAGCUGGCACCACAAUAUCCGGCAUCAGGUGGGGGAGAUUCAAUGCCGAGAGAGAAGCCUUCAAUGGGGGAAAUUAAAGCAUCUAUAAACAAUGGUCGAGGGCCAGGUCCGGCGCGUGGAGUGUCCGGACCACGACCGGCACGAACCUCUUCUUUUCAACGUCGACAGAGUGUGAGCAAUCGCCAAGGUAGCAUAUCUUCAACGGCUUCCUCAACGGCAUCGGGGAAUAUGGAUCCGCCAUCUGCUCCUCUCGCUGUGCGAACUCGUCGAAACCAAUAUCCUCCGAUCUCUGGAAGUGCUGCCUCCAAUGCGCCGGCCGCUAGAUUGCCGCGCAGAUCUGUAGGUUCUGAUGCAGAUCAGUCGAACAAGGCAGGGACCACACAAAGGCAGCGUCCGGGUCUUGCUCCAAGUACAUCGUUACAAUCUUUGUCUGAUGUUGCCAGCGCUUCUGUGAGAAUGAACAACACAGGGGUCCCGAGUUAUAUGGAUGGUGCAAGAGGUACAACCGCCUCGAGGACAGCAAAAAGUAAAUCACUACAACCUCCGGUGAAAGGGCAACCGCAAGUUUCUCUUCAGCCCGGCACGCCAGAUCACAGCAGAUCGUUGUCUCUAGCUACAAAAUCGCCAGGAAAGCCCAGUGGAACAGCAAUAGGCGCAACCACACCAUCUUCUGCAACUUCAAAGCGGAUGUCAGUCUUGCCAGGUACUACUCAUGCAAGUGGACUUGGGGCUAGGACGAUCAGCCCUACGGACACUCGAAGGGCCAAACGUCUAUCAACUCACCAUGGAAAUCCAGUAGUUGCGCCAGGUACACCGCCAACUCCACAACCCGACUCAUAUCCCGCAUUUACUCCUCGAGGAUCUUCCAGAUCUCCGUCAAUGCUACCUCGAAAAGUCCCUACACCUUCAUCUUCUCGAACUACUCCGGAUAGUAACCGUAAGUACAAUUCUGCUAUUUCAGCUGCAUCAAGUUCAAGCUGUAACACAUCUCGAAACACUACAGGUUCUCUACAGCCUCGAUUAUCGUCCCUUGCUCCCACGACAUCAAGGCUGCCAACACCCAAAUCACGAAAUGUCCAUAGUUCAGCGGGUAAUAAUGAAGAGGAGGACGUACCACCAGUUCCUGCGAUACCUAAAGCUUAUGAAUCUCCCAAGGAUUCUCCUGCAGAAACUCCAUUCUUCGCCAAGAGAAAGUCAAGUAUGCCUUUUGAUGCUAGUAGUAUCAAUAGUACUUCAACAAAUAGCAUUUCUGGUAGGAACUCUGCACGCGAACCGGCCAAGAAUGAGCGGGAGUCAAAAAGAUCAAGACAUGCUCCUCCUAGCUCGAACUCAGAUCUCGAACAGCAAAAGCAAAACUCCGCGACUCCCAAGAAGAAGAACCUUCAACCACUUCGUCUCCCGCCAUUGAAUUUGUUACCUUUAAGUGCUCCAACGGCUGCGAAGGCUAACGCCAUAUCCAACCCUGAGCCUUUAUCAAAUGGUACCAUUACACCCCCACCAAAACGGAUCAGUACCAAAACUCCAAGUUCGCCCAUGACAGCAUCAAAAACAUCAUUCUUUUCACGUCGCACCGAAGAUAAAUCUGAGCGUCAUAUGCCUCAAAAGCGGAGCAACAGUUCUAUUCAUCACCGGCCCGCGGAGUCUUCGCAAGUAUUUGAGAGUGACGCUGGGACGAAACCUAUACCCAUAGCCAGUAGUCGACCACCACCACCUAGAGAAACCUCUCCAUAUUUAUCCUCAUCUCUUCCCAAAAAUAACGCCGGCCAGCACCUCAUGCCUCGAUCUAAAACCAGUGGUGAUUUCAUUACGCUGGAUAUUUCAACUGAAAGCAAGCCGGCCAGGUUGACUGGGCCACGUGCCUUGAAAGUGAACCGGUUAGCUAAAAGCGACACUCCUGCGGAAGUUUCAAGUCCCGAGGAACCGCCAACACCAUCCUCAGCAACGUCAUUGCGUAGAAAGCUAAGUCUUGGUUGGAAACGGUCUGGCUCCAAGAAUAACUCCACCGCUUCUCAUGCGGCAGGUGAGAGAGAAGCUAAUCAUCCACCUCCUCCUCCAAAGCAUGAUAACAUGCCACCUCCUAGAUUGCCUGCCUCUGCUACAAUGAAUAAUCUUAGUAGCGACAACAACAAGGAAAUACCUAGUCCUAGUCCUUCUGUCAAGUCAGGUACUACUACUUACCUUAAUUCCACUAGAAGAAAAAGCUCAGUUUCGAGCCUUAAUCUGGUCACUGGUCACGAUAGGACAAAGAGUGAUAGUUGGGGUUUGCAUCGAAGCAGUCCGAAGAAGGAAGCAUCAGCAGACACUAUGACUCCGGAGAGGAACAUCCCGACAGCCACUUCACGAACCACUUCUUCUGUGAUGCAUAGAAUGCUGAAUCCAAAGGCGUCUAGUAACAAUAUUAGGCAUCAGGAUCAUUGGACCGCGGACUUGGACAAGGACGAUCUUCUAGCAGAAGACGAAAUGAAGAAACUUGGUAAUAAACGAAAAGAAACAGAGCAGGCAGCUCGUCAAUUGGAUGCUUUGAGAAAACGUGCUACUCCUAAGGAUCGAGCGAAUCCUCAACAGGCUCUUAAACUCGUCUCGCAUCUUAACAUUUACGAAAAAGGGGAAAUAGUCGACUACAAGGAUAUCUACUUUUGCGGAACUGCCAGCGCAGCUAAACAUGUUGGUCAACUUCAAUCUGAUGCCGCUAAUUUUGGUUAUGAUGAUGAUAGAGGAGAUUACCAAAUCGCCACUGGAGAUCAUCUCUCGUAUCGCUAUGAGAUUAUCGACGUUCUCGGUAAAGGAAGUUUUGGUCAAGUCGUCAGAUGUAUUGAUCACAAGACAGGGGGAUUAGUGGCUAUCAAGAUCAUCCGAAACAAGAAGAGGUUCCAUCAGCAAGCUUUGGUGGAGGUUAACAUUCUCCAAAAGUUGCGUGAAUGGGACCCCCACAACAAGCACAGCAUGGUCAAUUUUGUUCAAAGCUUCUACUUCCGUGGUCAUCUUUGCAUUUCUACUGAGCUUUUAGAUAUGAAUCUCUAUGAGCUUAUAAAAUCGAAUGCUUUCCGCGGUUUCUCUCUCAAGAUCGUUCGACGAUUUACAAAACAGAUGCUCAGCAGUUUGUUGCUUUUGAAGUCAAAGAAGGUCAUCCACUGUGAUCUGAAACCUGAAAACAUUCUUCUUGCUCAUCCACUCCAUUCCGAGAUUAAGGUUAUUGAUUUUGGGUCAAGUUGUUUCGAGAACGAGAAGGUAUAUACAUAUAUUCAAUCCCGAUUCUACCGAUCACCGGAAGUCAUUCUUGGUAUGACAUAUGGUAUGCCGAUAGAUAUGUGGAGUCUUGGAUGCAUCUUGGCAGAGCUUUAUACUGGAGUACCCAUCUUUCCUGGUGAGAAUGAGCAGGAACAACUAGCCUGCAUCAUGGAAGUUUUUGGUCCACCGGAGAAGCAUCUGAUUGAGAAAAGUACCCGCAAAAAGCUUUUCUUUGAUUCGCUCGGAAAACCACGCCUCACUGUAUCGUCGAAAGGACGUAGACGUCGACCAUCUUCGAGAUCUCUUCAGCAAACGAUCAAAUGUGACGACGAGGUUUUCCUCGACUUCUUGGCUCGUUGUCUCAGGUGGGAUCCCGAAAAGCGUAUGAAGCCUGAUGAAGCUGUUAGACAUGAGUUCAUCACUGGUCAUAAGCUUGCUGCUCCACCUCGUGUCAAUGCUCGACUCGACUCACCGAUCAAGCGACACAAUACUACCGCCGCACCUUCCACAAACAGACCUCUCCCAGAACCACCUGCCACCAGUCACAAAAGUGGGACAUCUGUUAGACCACCUGCUGCUGGAACUAGUCCGAGUAAAGCUCUUCCUCCUCGACGACAAUCCAAUGCCACAACAUUGACUGGACCUCCUGGGCCGAAACGCACAAGUACUGGAACCGUUACAAUUACUGGUAGUAGUAGUUUACCCCGAGUUACGCGAAGUGUAAGCUCGAAACAGGAUUUAGCAUCUGCGGGGGCAUCGGCGGCUAUGAGUAGUCGGCGAGCAUUAUAG